AUGGGCGGGGGCGUCGCUGCUGCUCCGACUUGUCCGGAGAUCAAGAAAGCAAGAGCAACCCCUCUCCGUUUCGCGCUCCCCCUUCUCCUCCUUGUCGCCGACGCUCUGAGACCACAUCUCGCGAGUGCGUCGACCACCCUGCCGUCCUCCAGUGAGCUGUGCCCAGACGAGACGGCGGCGUGCUACGAAUCAACGCUCUGCUGGGACUGCGUCGCGCAGUUUGAGGACAGCUCCGAGUAUUGCGAGGACCGCUUCCCGGUCUUGGCCGCUGAGGACGAUGAUGGCUGCGAGGCUGCGUCUGCCCUGUACUGCUGCAGCUUCGACGCGAGCGGCCAGGACUGCCUCGACGACACGGUCACCGUGGACUACUUUCGGUGUGGCGUUCUCGAGGGCAGCGGCUGCGAUCUGUCUGACUCGCCGUGCGGGGGAAGCAGCAGCUCUACCACCAGCCCCGAUGACGAUCUGGUAACGGCAACAUCACUGUCGCCGGAUGACGACGACGAAUCAACAACACCAGCUGAUGACGAUGAAUCUGCUGAUAACGACGAAUCUGCUGAUGGCGACGCGUGGGCUGAUGAUGGCGACGCGUGGGCUGAUGAUGGCGACGCGUGGGCUGAUGAUGACGACACGUGGGCUGAUGAUGACGACGACUCAUCACCGUCUGAUGAUGAAGACGGAUCACAGUCUGCUGAUGAGGAAAAUGAUGACCUUGGUCCCGACUCGGGCGACAACAGCGGGGCAGCGUGGACUUUUGCAGCUCCUUCGCGCUCUUCGAGUGCCGUUUCCCUGUGGGGUGCGCUCUACUGUAUCGUCUUGGUAGUCUCGGAUGCACUAGCAAGAAUAUAGCGUUGACCUGUGCUUCUGUUGCGUAAAGAAGGAAACCGACGCUAAAAGAGCGUCGCAUAUUUGACAACGGAGUUUUGUGGAACGUAUUUAGGUAGCUGUGCUGUGCCUCGAAAUUUGUUGAUUUGAUCGUCUUGGCGUAUGUUCGUUGUUGAAUGUGUUUUACUGCCCGAAAUUGUUGGGGCUGUCGUUCACUACAUCCCGUUGAAAAAAAUGCGCGCGGUGUAUAUUUCUUGGCGUUUUUGCCGUGCCGAAGUACAUUGAGUUGACUCUUCCCAAGGCCUCUACCCAAGGGUAGGCGGUUUUGUACGCAUGGGCGGGGAUUACGGCGGAGGUUGGGAAAUCGAGUUUCUUGCGUUCGCUGCGGGCACGGGGAUAGGAAGAAGCGCCCUAGGCCCUUGAAAAUUGUAAAGGGUUGGAUAACUGUGUUGGUGUAUGGCGUCUGCAGGAGGAUCUGGCGUCACCGUCUGCCGGUGGCUUGGCCUCAACUACGAACCUGUCUAUCGCUGUCAAAUUCCAGGCGGACGGAAGCGGGCUACAUACUUCACUGGGCAUGAUUGCAGCGUUGUUCGCUAAGCCGCUUGGCGUGUUUUCGUAUAUCCCACAGCAGAUACGCCAUGUU